AACAUUAUUUUUGUUGUGUAGACCGCAGCCCUGAACGCACCUACCUGUAGUUUUGCUGGGAUAUCGAGCUUUGGAUUUUGAACAUCUUUUCCUCUAUAACUUGGAGUUUAAGGGAUUUUUCCAGGACAAAGUAGGCAGCAAGAAACUCGGAAGCUCGCGGCUAACACCAGGAGCGGCCUGCAACAUGUCUGGAUCUUUACCGUUCUACCAGAAGCACCACCGCCACUAUGACCGUGACUACAGGAGCAAGGAGACAGUGUCCAAACUGAGCCAGUACCAGACCAGCAGCAGGUACACGGCUGGCAGCAGCACCUCCGCUGCCACCAGCAGGAGCAGUGGACUUAACGUGUCUACACAUUAUGGGCUGGAAGCGAGCAGACUGAGCCCUAUACUCAAGAGGGCCAAGCCAACUUACUUGGCUGUGGAUAAGGACCACCAAAUCAUCGGCUACGUAGUGCCUAUCUUCAGGGGCAGUCAAGAGUUUGGGACUGGGUUUUCGAGUAGAGAGGAAGCAAGGGUGCGGGACUCUUCUAAGUACAUGGCCCACAGGGAUUUGUUCACCAGUGGCAUGGAGAUGGAGAGGUCAGAGCAGACCUCCAGGAGGGAGGCCAUUCGAGAGACGGCCGAGCGCAUCUCUCUAAACAAAAGGAUCCAUGAACACGGGGUACACUUUAAGCGUAUGAACGAAGACAAUCUGAUGCAUACCCCGGAGUUUGUGAUUAAACCGCGCUCCCACACUGUGUGGGAGAAGCAGUGUGUGAGGCUGCACUGCACUGUCAGCGGCUGGCCGGACCCCCGGGUCGUCUGGUACAAAAACAAUGUUGCCAUCGACCCUGUUGGCCAUGGUGACAAGUAUAAACUUGAGAGCAAAUACAACAUGCACUCACUGGAGAUCAACAGAUGUGAUUUCGAUGACACGGCCCAGUAUCGUGUCUCUGCCAUGAACUCCAAGGGAGAGCUGUCUUCAUUUGCCUCUGUCGUUGUUAAGAGGUUCAAAGGUGAUAUGGAUGAGUCCCUGCCAUCCCCUAGACAUGGUCCCGUGUGUGAGUAUGGCGUAAACUUCAAGACUCACAUUGUUGAUAAAUUUGGUGUGACGUUUGGAAGAGAGGGUGAGACCAUUAGUCUUGGAUGUACAGUCAUCAUUUCCCCUGCCCUGCACCGCUACCAGCCAGAGAUCCAGUGGUACAGAGACGAUGUCCUUCUGUCUCCUUCUAAAUGGUACAACAUGCACUGGAGUGGAGAUCACGCCACAAUGACCCUCACACACCUGAACAAAGAGGACGAGGGGCUCUACACCCUGCGUGUCACCACCAAGUCUGGAUAUGAAACCUACUCCGCCUACGUCUUUGUCAGAGAUUCUGAAGCUGAGGUUGAAAGAGCUCCUGGGGCCCCUCUGGAUGUGCGCUGCCUGGAUGCCAACAAGGAUUACAUCAUCGUCACCUGGAAGCAGCCAGCUGUCGAUGGGGGAGACUCCAUUUUGGGCUACUUUGUGGACAGAUGUGAGGUUGGAACCAACCACUGGGUCCAGUGCAAUGACACUCCGGUUAAGUUUGCCCGUUUCCCCGUCACCGGUCUGGUGGAGGGCCGCUCCUACAUGUUCCGUGUGCGUGCCGUCAACCAGAAUGGCAUGAGCCACCCGUCCAGGGUCUCUGAGCCGGUGGCUGCCAUGGACCCCUCUGACCGCGCCCGCAUUAGAGGUGCCUCUGCUCCUUGGACUGGCCAAAUCAUUGUCACAGAGGAGGAGCCUGCAGAGGGCAUUGUUCCUGGCAGACCUCUUGAGCUGCAGGUGACAGAGGCCACCAAGAACUAUGUGGUGCUGAGCUGGAAGCCCCCUGGAGACAAAGGCCUUGAGGGUGUCAUGUACUAUGUGGAAAAAUGUGUUGCGGGCUCAGACACCUGGCAGAGGGUGAACACUGAGAUCCCCGUCAAGUCUCCUCGCUUUGCCCUGUUUGAUCUUGCGGAGGGGAAUUCCUACAGCUUCCGCGUCCGCUGCUGCAACGCUGCUGGUGUCGGCGAGCCAUCUGACCCAACGGAGGCCACAACUGUUGGAGAUAAACUUGAUAUCCCAUCUGCCCCAAGCAAAGUUGUCCCUAUCAGAAACACAGACACAUCCGUUGUUGUGUCUUGGCAAGCAUCCAGUGAAGCUAAGGAGUUGGUUGGAUACUACAUUGAGGCGAGCGUUUUGGACAGCAAUGAGUGGGAGCCAUGCAACAACAAGCCUGUUAAUGUUACCAGGUUCAUCUGCCAUGGUCUGACGACGGGAGAGAAAUACGUGUUCAGGGUGAGGGCAGUGAACGCAGCAGGGCUCAGCCAGUUCUCCCCAGAGUCUGAGCCUGUGGAGGUGAAGGCUGCUAUUGCCUCCCCUGCUCCACCCUAUGGCAUCACUGUCCUGGAGUGUGUAUUUGACUCCAUGGUGCUGUCAUGGAAACAGCCAACAUUCAUCGGCGGUGCUGACAUCACCGGAUACUUCGUGGAUUACCGUGAGGUCAUCGAUGGCGUGACAGGGAAGUGGCACGAGGCCAACAUCAGGUCGAUUAGCGAGAGGGCCUACAGGGUGUCUGAUCUGAAGGAGAAGAGGAAGUAUCAGUUCCAGGUGCGGGCAGCCAACAUGGCAGGUGUCGGCAUCCCUUCACUGCCCAGUGACACCUUCCUGUGCGAGGAGUGGACCAUCGCUGUGCCAGGUUGGUUUGACCUACUGUUUCUAAAAAGUUAUCUAAUCUCUGUCCCUAUACUUGAUAAAUGUGUUCUUAUCCUCACUUUUACUUUGUUCAAGGAGCUGCAGAAGGAAUCAGAGUUCCAGAUGAAAGAAUGGGUCAGAAAGCAAGGUCCUCACUUUAUCGAGUAUUUGGGUUAUGAGGUGACACCAGAGUGCUGCGUUGUUCUGAAAUGCAAGGUUGGAAACAUGAAGAAGGAUACCUCUGCGCUGUGGUACAAAGACGGACACGAGAUUAAAGCAGACGAGAAUCUGGGAUUCACAGAGGGAGUGCUGAAACUGGAAAUUGCUCAGCGCGACUCCCCUGCAGACAAAGCAGACUAUGCUGACGACAUAAUCUGGAGAAGACUUAAAAUUUCCAAGAAAGACUCUGGUGUGUAUGAGGUUGUUCUGAAGGACGACAGAGGGAAGGACACUUCCACGUUGAAUUUGACCGAUAAAGGUUUCAAAGACUUGAUGAAUGAAGUUUUCAGUUUCAUCGCCAAUUCCUCCACUCCGCUGAAGAUCACAAGCACAGAAAAUGGCAUCCGACUCUACACCUUUGUCAGCUACUAUAACGAUUUACUCCAAGUGACAUGGCACUACAAGGAUUCGGCCAUCUCCUUCUCUGACCGCAUUAAGAGUGGAGUGGUGGGGGAGCAGCUGUGGCUGCAGAUCUCAGAGCCCUCAGAGAAAGACAUGGGCAAAUAUGCCAUUGAGUUUAACGAUGGGAAAGGUGGCCUGAGGAGGACCGUGGAGCUGUCUGGUCAAGCAUUUGACGAUGCUUUUGCAGAAUUCCAGAGACUCAAAGCUGCUGCUAUUGCAGAGAGAAGUCGUGCUCGAGUAGCAGGAGGCCUGCCGGAUGUGGUCACUAUACAGGAUGGCAAGGCCCUCAAUCUCACCUGCAACAUUUCGGGCGACCCCGUGCCAGAGGUCACCUGGCUGAAGAACGACAGGGAGAUCACGUCCGACGAACACUGCAUUCUCAAGUUCGAGUCAGGCAAGUUCGCCAGCUUCACCAUCACCGGCGUCAACAUCUCGGACUCUGGCAAGUACAGCAUCCUGGUGAAGAACAAGUACGGCACGGAGAGCGGGGACUUCACCGUAAGUGUCUUCAUCUCCGAAGGAGCGGCCAGCAAGAAAAAAUAAAGGCGGUCCAAAUAUUGUCGUAAAUAUGUAUAAAUGAAAAAAACACUGGAAACAGUUAAAAAAGAGAAACAAAAGUGGAUGUGUUGUAGAAUAUAGCAUUUAAAGGUGCUGAGUCUGAAAUGAAAUGUCAACAGAAGUUAAGAAAGAGUGGGGUGAUGAGUUAAAAUCAUAAAAAUACACAUUCGGUCAAUAAUAACAAAUCUAACAUCAUGUCCAAUCAAAAAUGUUACUGGUGCAAUUUUAGUUUUUCUUUGUGUAAAGUUGUGGCAUGCAGGGAGGCAAAUGUUUGCAUUCAUAUUACUUAUGAAACAUUACUUGACAAAACAAUGCCAAAUAUAUAAGUUUAAGAGAUGUUGUGCUGAUGGGAUGCAACGUAAAGUCAAGGAAAUUAAAUCAUGUGUUGAUGGUCUAUUAAAAAGCAAAAUGUUAUUACAUGUUUUAUUCCAUUUGCUACAAAUUAGGUCUUAUUUUACUGCCAAGCAACAGUUUGAACAGCUUGUCUUUCAGGAAGCAAUGCAUUAUAUCAUAUUAGAAUUUAGUUCAAUUGUAUGACAAAGUAGAAAGGAUUCUGAGACUCAAAUGAUUGGUCAAAUUAAAUAGUAGUAAACUAAUUUGUUGCAAAUGGGUUUAAACAUGCACUGUGUCAUUUCAUCACAUUUAGCCCUGUUUUGUAAUAAUACACAAUCAUUUGAAUGUUGUGCUCAUGACAUCACGUCCAUUGUCUCCCUGUUAGUAGUGAACACUGUAUGUUUGCCCACUCUCCUAUUGUUAUUUAUGUAAUUCACCAUUGUUAUGAUAUCCCUUCACAUUAAUGAUUUUGAUGCCUCCUUUAUUGUGAUGAUAACGAUGCCACUGUAAUGAAGACUGUUGGAUCACUGUUCAUUAACAAUGGAUAUUGCAUCACUUCUUCCUUUCCUGAUUAGACUAAUAAAAAUGAGCAUGUACUCCCCACUUCCUCUUUGA